AUGGUAAAACGUGUUCUUGUUGGGUAUGGCAUCGACGUGGAUGCUGUCAGUGGCUGGAUCAACACGGAAGAUGGUCACUUGCCAGAUCUGACUGACGUAUCGCGUGGUAUAUUUGGCGCAACAGUUGGGAUUGACCGACUUCUGAAACUUUGGGACAAAUAUAGCAUCACAACGUCCUGGUUUGUUCCAGCUCAUUCAAUCGAAUCAUUCCCAUCACAGAUCAAGAAGAUCAAAGAUGCGGGCCAUGAGAUUGGCUUGCAUGGCUACUCACAUGAACAUGUGGACGCACUCACGGAGCAACAAGAGCGGGAUGUUCUAGCACGAUCGAUUGAGGUAAUCACUAAGUUUACAGGUGAGCACCCAAAGGGGUGGACUGCACCAUCUUGGAGAACCUCACGCCGGAGUAUCAAGCUCUUGGAGGAAUUUGGAAUCCAAUAUGACCAUUCCUUCAUGCACCAUGACUCCCAGCUCUAUUAUGUUCCGUAUGCUCCCGAGAAGCUCUCUAUGACGGACAUCUCAAAGCCUGCCGACCAGUGGAUGAAGCCAAUGGGGAAGCUUGUGCCCAGCAGCAUUGUCGAGGUGCCUGCCAAUUGGCACUUGGAUGAUUGGCCUCCGUUCCAGCUCGUUGAGGGGCCAUCUCAUGGAUAUGUGGAUCCCGACACCAUUGAGCGACUAUGGAAGACGCAGUUUGACUUCUUCUAUCGCGAGUAUGACACAUUUGUCUUUCCGAUCUCCAUCCAUCCCCAGGUCAGCGGAAAACCGCAAGCUAUCAUGCUGCACGAGCGUCUGAUUGAGUAUAUCAGUUCCCAUGAAGGGGUGGAAUGGUGUACCUUUGCACAGAUGGUGGAGGAGUUCAAGUCUGGCAGAAUUGGAGGCGCGGAGGUAGAAACCGGUGCGGAAGAAGUCCUGUGA